CUCACCUCUGCUGAAUAGUGAACAGUGUGUGUCGGUGCAUUUCCAAGCAGGAGUGGUGAGUCCAUUCACCGACAGAAUAGAAUACACAUGUGCAUUAUGGAUGCCUCUGUGUGUAUGUGCGCAGUGUGGAUAGUGAGAUUGGCAUAAUCAGAGAGGUCUUGGGGAAUGAAUCCCCAUUAGCCUCUGGAGAUUCGAGUGUUACACACUGUACCUCAGUGCCUCGCAGAUGAUGACGACGAGGACGAUCAAGAUAUUCAUUGGCACUUGAGCAUGUGCAGUGCUUGCCGAGUGACAGGGCAUUACCACGAGUCCAUGUAUUUCAUACCAUUCAUGUUUGCCCCAGUGACACCUGCUGGCGAUUUCUGAAUGGACAGCGUGCCGUGGCCGGCAUUCACGUCCCCUCCGCGUGUGUGUACUGCCAAAGGGGUUUUUUUUUAAUCACGUUAACCGAGCAUCAGCGGACACAAAUGGAACGCCUGUGCUAAGCGGCUCAUAGCUGGUCGUGCAAUUUUGAUUUAUAAUUAUUAGUUUUUUAUUAUUGGGCUGGAUGCCGCAUCGGCCUUCCUCCAUUACCAUGAGCUUUCGCAGGAAGAAGAGGAACAAGCAGCUAAGAAAGGCGAGAUGCUACAGUGAGAUUGACUACGAUUCCUUUGUGAACAGUCAAGAAUGGACGUUGAGCCGGACAGUGCCAGAACUCAAAUUGGGUGUGGUAGGCAGCCUAACCAGUGGCAAGUCAGCACUGGUUCACAGAUACCUGACGGGAUCCUACAUGCAGGAAGAAUCACCGGAAGGAGGCCGCUUCAAAAAAGAGAUCAUCGUGGAUGACCGGAGCUACCUCCUCCUAAUUCGGGAUGAGGGGGGACCCCCAGAGCUCCAGUUCUGCUCCUGGGUGGAUGCUGUCAUCCUGGUCUUCAGCGUGGAAGACGAGAUGAGCUUCCAGCUCCUCUACAACUUCUACGCCAAGAUUGCCCACUACAGAAACACGGCAGACCUGCCCAUGAUACUGGUCGGCACUCAAGAUACAGUCAGUCAGAGCACGCCAAGGGUUAUUGAUGAUUCCCGGGCGAGAAAGCUAGCAGCUGACCUCAAAAGAUGCCCUUACUAUGAAACAUGUGCAAUGUACGGUCUCAACGUAGACAGAGUCUUCCAAGAUGCUGCUCAAAUCAUCCAAGAGCGAAAGCACCAGCAGUUCCUGUCUCUAGGACCCCUGUCCACCUCCAGCUCCUCCCUCCCCAGCACGCCCCACUCCGUCCGAAGCAACAACUUUGGCAUUCCGGGGCCCUACCCCCAGGGCUCCUCAAACACGGCCCCCACCAGUACUAACCACUCUAACAGCGGGGGCGGGGCGCCACCUACGCCCACUGCUGGCCGGAGGAACCUGAGCGGGGGCAGCCGGGAGGGCAGCCGGGAUUCGUCCCAGCCCAGCCCCAGCAGCACGCCCAACUUCACCCGAAAGUCCAGACGGAAGUCCAACCUGUUCACGCAACCAGGUAAGGGCAAGCAGCCAGAAACCAAGAACGGAGCUGAGCCAGUCGCCCGGCCUGCUCACGGCAUCGGCAGUGGGAGGAGUAUCCCCAUCAUGCAGGGUCUUCUGUACAAAAGGAGUAGUAAAUCACUCAACAAAGAGUGGAAAAAGAAGUAUGUGACCCUAUGUGAUGAUGGGAAGCUAACGUAUCACCCUAGCCUACACGACUACAUGAACAACACACACGGCAAGGAAAUCCUGCUGAUGAACACCACUGUCAAAGUACCAGGCAGGAAGCCACAGAUUGUGCGCAAUAACCCUGGCGGGUCGCCCAGCAAGGGCAACCCAGGCAGCAACGGGAUCGCCAACAACAUGCGGGCCAUGACGAUAACAGGUCACGCGGGUGGAAAUACACAUGCCAAUCAAGCAGCCUUUGCCAAAGACGGUGGUGUAAAUUUCCAUUCGUUCAAGGAGCGCCAAGAGAUCAAUGCCAAGUCCACGUCCUUGCCGCGGGACACAAUCUUGGACUCAGUGGUCAUAUCCAAUUCCUCUGUCACUCCAGGUAUUUCUAAUGGGAUGGAUGCCCCCAUGUCCUUCCCCCAAAUGGGCAACCUGGUAGGCGGCAAGGAGUCAUCCAAGAAGAAGCACCGACGAAUGAGGAGCUCAGGUGGCGGCAAGAACCUUGACACGUCCAAUCAGCAGGAAGAUGGCGAUGAGUAUGAGUUUGUCAUUGUUUCGCUGGACAAUAGACAAUGGCAUUUUGAGGUCUCUUCAGCAGAGGAACGUGAUGUGUGGGUAACAGCGAUUGAACAACAAAUCCUUGCCUGUCUGCAAGCCAAUGUGAGUGCCAAAGGGCUGAUGACCAACGUGGAGAGGUCAGCUGCGGUGGAAGCCAUCCGCAAAGUGAGGGGAAACAACCAGUGUGUAGAUUGUGGAGCACCAAAUCCUGAUUGGUCCAGUCUCAACCUUGGAGCGUUAAUCUGCAUCGAGUGCUCAGGAAUCCACAGAAAUCUAGGCUCUCACGUCUCCAGAGUACGUUCCUUACAGCUGGAUGAGUGGCCGCCUGAGCUGACUGCUGUCAUGCUGUCCAUAGGCAAUGCAAUGGCCAACAGCAUCUGGGAGGGGUUGUUACGGAAUCAGACCAGGCCAGCUGCCUCCGCCAGCAGGGAGGAGAAGGAGAAAUGGAUACGGGCCAAGUACGAGAAGAAGGAAUUUGCCGCUCCCCCACCAUUCACUGACAGACCGCUGGGAAUGCAACUGAUGGAGGCGGUGAUCAAGGAGGACGUACGGCUGGUCACGCUGGUUCUCAUCCACGCCGGUCAAGAUGAUGUCAACUAUCACUACGGGGAGGGUGACGGCCGGUCAGCGCUGCACCUGAGCUGUGCCAUGGGGAAUGUGGUCAUUGCACAGCUACUGGUCUGGUACAAUGCAGAUGUCAAAGCAGUUGAUGCUGAUGGUAGGACAGCCCUCGCAUAUGCACGCAGCGUGGGGGCUGACGAAUGUGUCAAAGUCAUGCUGGCCAAUGGCUGCCCGGAUGACGGUGGCGACAUGAACGUCAACAACAGUGCCCUCCGGAGGUCAUAUGGGAAAAACCACCCUGGAAAAGUAACAUCUAGCGUCAUCUGACGAUGAUGGAAGAUGGCGUUUACAUGGAGAGAUGCUCGCAUGUAUUUUUGUGUAUGUGUGUGUUUCAUGUAUUGCUUUAUUGAAAGCUCAGGGCGAUUUUGGGCCACUUCGUGUGAACGAUUUCACAUCUCAUGCAGUUGUCAGUUUUGCUGAACAAUCACAUUUAUUGACCCUUGCCUUGUUUGGUCGCCAAACUGCAAAUUACGGGCACUUGGGCGGGCUGAAGUGCGUUCCUCAAGUUUCUUUUGUAACUUACAUAAACCUUGGUUGCCAGCAUCGUGUGCACAUUCAGUGUGAAAUACCCCAAGUCCCGCUUGCCUGUUAGGCUAAAUUGUGAUGCCCGCGUAUCAGUUCUUGUAAAAACUUCAGCCCAGCCCUCCAGUGCCCUCCUGUGGGCUUUUACUUGUUGGCCAGUGGCCACACAGUGUCCUUUACUAGUUUCACACUGUUACGCCAUGUAAAGGACUGUCCUCAGCGGCAGUGGAACAAUUUCUAAAAGGGGGGAGACAUUUGUGUGACCAUCAGGCAUUAAAGGACACGCUAAGAGGAGGGGUCAUUACCCCCAACUAGAAAGGGGAGGGGGUAGUAGCCCCCUGGCCCCUCUGCUUCUGCCACCAGUGACUGACCCUGGGAGAAUGGUUUUUUUUUUGGUCUGAAAAUAGAACUGCCAAAUGUUUGUUAUAAAAGCGGCACCAGGGCUCAUGUGACAACUUUUGUUUGAAGAGUUUCUUGCACACCAGCGUGACAUUUCCCAUAAAUGUGUAACGUUUGUGGAAAUAAUGUCUGGAGGAAAAGAUGUAAUUUUUUUGUAUCACCAAUCCGUGUCAGAAACCUUGCUUCAAGUAAUUCUAGCUUUGUCAAAGUACUCACCAGAGAAGAAAAAAAAUCAGGAUUUUGCAGGAUGUCAAACGGGUCAUUUUUCUGACAGCACUCAAAAAGUGUAAUCACUGUGAAUGUUAUUACAAACCAAACAUGUUUGCAUUGUUUUUCCAUCAGUUCGUUUUUUUUUUCUGACUGAAAAGCUUGUGAAUCUAGACCCUACAAACUGACAAGUCAAGUGUUGGUAAAAGGUUGAAGUCACUGUUGUAAGUGGGACAAUAUCCCCAUUGCCACUAUCCCGAUGCAGAAGUGGCGCAGAAGCUUUUUGACAUCUCCAAAAUCAGGUUUCUGUUUUUGUUGUUUUUUGACUGCGGCACUAUGAAACUGAAAAAGCAUGCCUCACAAAAUUGGGACGAGAAUGCUUAAAAGUGGUUCUACAACCAGUGUUUAAGGUACUUGUGGCUGUAAGCCUGAAAUUGAAAGUAAAUAUGUUAUAUAUGACAACAAAUGUAUUAUAAAAAUCAUUGACUGUACAGAGAAUGCUAUCUAUGUGGUAUAUAUACUUUGAACUAAUGACGAUAACAUGAUUAAUUGUAAAAAUACAAAUGUCGCAUGAUGUUAUCUAGUGUUACAAUAUGUGAUUGGCUAGAGGAUUUUUAAUGUGAGUGUUACCACAUGGUUGUGUAGUGUGUCAGGUGACUGGAAUCACAUGACUUCAUUUGAAGAUGGUGCUGAAGUGUCAAAGCCAUCUUGUGCAAUGGUCAGUAGACCAAACUAACGGCGGUGAAUUUUUUUUUUUUUGUACAGACUGAUAGAUUUCAAGUCCACUGCCAGACUUAAAAUUGACCCAAAGGUAUUUUUUAACACUGGUAACCACUGUUUGUAAUAGUGAUUUGAAAAGAAAAUAAAAAAAACUUAUUUAUUUUUUUUUCCUUCUGGCGUGAAUUGUGACUCGCAUGGGCAAUGCAACUGUAGAAUAGAUCUCUGUAAAAAGGCAAAACGAAAACACUCUGAAAGCCUGUCCUCAAAUCAUUUUGUAAAUUUUUUAUGAAAUGUUCUUUACCAAAUUCCGUAAGCAAAGUAAGGUAAAGUUGAAGUGUGUGUUAGGCAGGGCACUUCAAAAAGGUUCAUGUGAGAGAUUUAUCACAUUGAAAUUCACAGCACUGUCAGGUUGGGGGGGGGCUACAGGGCCCAUUGCAUUCCCAGGAGCCAAAAGCUCUUUAUCGGAAAAUGAAAGGUCUAACCGUAAGAGAGGCCAAACAAAGAGUAACAAAAAUAUUUCCAAAAAGUUGGGUGCUCCUAAAAAAAAAUUGUUGCACCCCCCCAUGGCCCUGAAUCCACCCUUGUUUCAGGUGCGUACUUCACUGCAGAUAUGGCAGUGGUGGCUCUUCAUGGUUAUACAUAUAUUUACGCCUCUUUGCAACAUUACCAAACUUUAAAGGAACCAAAAAAAGUUGGGUAAAAAUUUGUGAAACUCUAUUUUGUUCUCACAAAAUUAAAUGUGCAUAUUUUGACAAUGUCAGCGUCUCUUGACAGGGCCAGAGUUUUUGUGCCAAGAAUUUUUCACAAGAUGGAUGCGAGUUCAAGAAUAUGUCAACUACAGUGAAAAUGCACACAGAAGAACAUGCUCCUAAUGCAUUAUUUUUGUUCCAUUGUACAUGUCAUAUUUAAUGUAACGUCUUCAGUAGGUUUUGGUCAGUCCAAACAAAUUUGUCAGAUUUUAGGGUUAAAAAGAACACGAUCAUUAAAACAAAGACACGGCUGUGGUAAAUUGACAGUUCAAGCUAUAUUAAGUACACAUCCCAAGUUCAAGGAAAACACAUUUAUAUUUACCUCUUUGUUUCAAGACACACAAGUGAUCAAAAGUUCGAACAGGCCUCCUGACUGAUAAUGCUGGGGGAACAACCAGAAAUUGAGAAAUUUUAGGGAAAAACUUCUUUAGCAUGUUUGACCAUCUGUCGUAACAAAGAAGACCAAAGAUUAGAAGUAGACUUUAUUCUUGAGUGAGCCAUAUUAGAUUGAAAGUGAAGUUAACUUUUCAUUUUUUUUGAAGCUAGGAGUAGAAAUGCUCGCAAUGAGAUAAAACUUCAUAGAAAAUUCACACCAAUUUGUGCUGAUAAAAGAAAUUGAAAUUUGUGCCACAUAUUAAAAGAAAUUAAUGUGAAGCUUGGAAUGCAAAACAGUCUGGCACUACCACAUUUAAAAGAUGACUUUGAACGGAACAGAAUCUAAAAUGGCUUUCCUUGAAUAACGUCUAAUUGACGAACAGGUUAGGUGGGAAAUGUUUCAGCAGUUACUUAAAUGAAAACCAUUGCAACCCGUUAGAUUUAGUGUACAGAAAUGUCGCACAGUAAGAGAAAUUAGUUGCUGUUCUCACUUCUGUUAUACACGUUGUACAGAACAAACCAAUUCUGUCCCACACAAAUCACUGCAAAGCAGAGGUUUUGAAAUGAAAAGUGAAGGAAAACUUGAAGAAAUUUUCUUGUAGGGGUGGGUGGCAUAUUAUCUCAUUUAUUUAUUAUGUAGUAAUAGAUAUACUAUAUGCAAUGAGUAAAUACACGUGUACAUUUCUCAAAUGAGGAGCGAUGACUAAUUGAAACAGGUAACAAAGAUGAAUAAACUGUGAAAUGUUCAA